AAAAAUAAAGCAGUGGAAAAAUUUCCACCCCACAUCACUGGAUACAAGAUGAGAGUCCAACUCCUGCAUUCCCCCCAGUUCUAAUGUAUGGUUUCGAGGGAGGGAGACAGCCCCCCCCCUGUUUGUUUUACAGCUGUCCUGAUACUUCAACCUGUUGCUUACCAUGGGCCUGAAAGCCAAGACCCAGCCACCAAUGGAGGAGACUCCUAUCAGGGUGGCGGUGCGCAUUCGCCCGUUGCUGCCGAAGGAACGACUGCACGGGCACCAGAUGUGCCUACGGGGUGAUCCAGAGACCAAGGACGUUACCCUUGGGCGCAACCGCCAUUUCCAGUUUGAUACUGUCUUCACCGAAUCCUCAGACCAGGAAUCCGUGUAUGCUGCUUGUGUGCAGCCGCUGGUGGAGGCCUUUUUUGAAGGCUUCAAUGUUACUGUGUUUGCAUAUGGCCAGACAGGCUCAGGCAAGACCUACACUAUUGGAGAAGCAAGUGUCUCUUCCAUCAAUGAGGAUGAGCAAGGCAUAAUCCCACGAGCCAUGGCUGAAGCCUUCAAGCUCGUGGAUGAGAAUGACCUGCUUGACUACACGGUCCGCAUCUCUUAUCUGGAAGUGUAUAAAGAAGAGUUCCGGGACCUGCUGCAAGUGGAGACGGCUAGCAAGGACAUACAGAUCCGGGAAGAUGACAAGGGCAAUAUUGUGCUGCACGGGGUGAAGGAGAUUGAAGUGGAGGGCCUGGACGAGGUUCUCAGCCUGCUGGAGAUGGGCAACAUGGCCAAGCACACGGGGGCCACCCACAUCAACCGGAAGUCAAGUCGCUCCCACUCCAUCUUCACCGUGACCAUGGAACAGCGGCGUUGCGCCGGGCGCCUCACUCGCCUUGCCCUGCAAGAAAAGCUCUUGAUUCCAGCCUCCGGCCAAGUUCUUGCCUCCAAAUUUCACUUCGUUGACCUGGCAGGCUCUGAGCGGGUGGUGAAGACGGGGAACACUGGGGAAAGACUCAAGGAGAGCAUCCAGAUCAACAGUGGCCUGCUGGCGCUGGGUAACGUCAUCAGCGCGUUGGGAGAUCCCCGGCGGAAAGGCAGCCACAUUCCGUACCGAGAUUCCAAAAUUACCAGGAUUCUGAAAGAUUCUCUAGGUGGGAAUGCCAAGACGGUAAUGAUCGCGUGCAUCAGCCCUUCCUCCUCUGACUUUGACGAAAGCUUGACCACGCUGAAUUACGCCAGCCGCGCUCAGAAUAUCAAGAACAGGGCGGUGGUCAACUACCGCAAGGAGCCGGAGCACGUGGAGGAACUGCAGCUGCAGAUAAAGAGGCUGCAGAGGGUGCUGGAACAGCGGCACCGCUCGGAGACCCGCAUCAUCAACCGGUCCGACGCCCCCGUCAAGCGGCACUCGCAGGACCACGCCCGCUUGCACGCAGAGUGCAGCCACUACCGGACUUGCACCGACGCCGCAUACCAGCUCUUGAUGGAGUUGCAAGGGGACGGCAAUUUGACUGUGGAUCAGAUCCUGCGGGUGAAGGAGUGGUUGUGUGCAGUGGAGAGCGAGAGGAGUGAGCUGAGUUCGGCCUCUGGCUUAGACAGUGGCAUCGAGAGCACUUCGGCAGAAGAUCGGAACCACAAAGCGUCCUGUUCCAAGUUGUCGAAGCCUCAGGGGCAGGAGGACCACAGAAAAGGAUCCGAGCCCGUGAGAGAGGAGCACGUGGCGAGGCUGGAGAGGCAAGUGGAGUGUUUAGAGGAGGAGAAUCGGGAUUUUCUGGCCGCCCUCGAAGAUGCCAUGGAGCAGUACAAACUGCAGAGUGCCAAACUGCAGGAACAGCAAGACAUCAUCUGUGAACUACAUAAGUACCUGCAGAUCGAGAUGCCAAAUGUAGGCGUUCCUGAACUGCUGCAAAACGUCUUCCUGGUGCAACUCAGCCAAAGGCCUCACACAGCUCCUGUAGAUGCUGCCCGGUCUCACCAUUGGCUCAGGCUUGCCCAUAAUAACCACAGCAAGCUCCGCAGAAUCACAGCUCACAAUGGGAAAGAGCCCUUGGGGUACCAUCAGAGUCGCACUCAAGGAUUGGCAGGCAACUCGGAGGCGAAUGACAUGACAGAAACCCUGGAGCUUGACAAGGCUUCAGGGCGGUCCAUGGAGCCAUUUGUGGAGAGUGAGGGAGAGCGUGAGCAAAGGCGGUCCCUUCACCAGCGCAGAAAUGGGAUCUACAGCUGGAGCAAAGAGGAGAUUUCAGAGAAGAGGAGCAGAAAAUGGAGCAAGGACAAUCCAGCACUGGUCCAGGAGGACCCUCCAGAACUACCCAAAGGCGACUGCAGGAGACAAGAGCUGGGCAAUCUUGGGGAAGGCUUUUCGGGGAAGGAUUCAGAGUGGCGGCUACUUCAAGCCCACCAGAAGAUCCGGGAGCUGGCCAUCAACAUCCGCAUGAAGGAGGACUUGAUAGUGGAACUCGUCAAGACAGGCAAGCACGCGCAGACCAUGAACAAGCAGUAUUGCCAGAAGAUCCGGGAUUUGGAGCAGGAGGCAGAACAGGUGCGAGUGGAACUGAACGAUGGUCAGAGGCAGCUGCAGGAGCUGGAGGGCAGAGAGCCCCAGGGCCCUGCGGAGAAGCGGAAGCUCCAGGAAUAUCGUAGCAAAGUGGCAGCAGCUCAGAGCAAGGCAAAGAUUUUGCAAGAGAAGAAGCAAGCGACGGAGCGCCUGGCCUCUCUCUCUGCUCAAAACGAGAAGCGUUUGCAGGAGCUGGAGAGGAACGUGCAGCUGAUGCGGCAGCAGCAGGGGCAGCUUCAGAAGCGGCUGCGGGAGGAAGUGGAGCAAAAGAGGCGCCUGGAGACAGAAAUGCACAAAGGGCAGCAUCGUGUCAAGGAGUUGGAGCUCAAGCAUGAACAGCACCAGAAGAUCCUGCGCAUCAAGACCGAGGAGAUAGCAGCUUUCCAGAGGAAGCGCAGGAGUGGCAGCAAUGACUCCAUGAUCAGCCUAGAGCAGCAGCAGAAAAUUGAAGAGCAGAAGAAGUGGUUGGACCUCGAGAUGGAUAAAGUUCUCGAGCAGCGUCGUGCCUUGGGUGGGCUGGAAGAUGAGUUGACAAAGCGGGAAGCGAUCGUAGCCAAAAAGGAAGCUCUCCUUCAGGAGAAGAACGGCCUUGAAAACAAGAGACUGCGGUCUAGCCAGGCCCUGAAUGACGACAUCAUGCGGGUGUCCAGCCGCCUGGAGUUCUUGGAAAAAGAACUGACGCAGAAGAACGGGCAGCUUUGCUGCAGCAGUGCCCACGAUCAGCAGCAGAUCCGACAAGAAAUUAACAAUUUGCGGCAAGAGAAGGACCAGUUGCUUAAGCAAAGGCUGGAGAUAGACAACAAACUUCGCCAGGGCACCUUGCUGUCUCCAGAGGAGGAAAGGAUUCUUUUCCAGCUGGACGAGGCCAUUGAGGCUCUAGAUGCUGCCAUCGAGUACAAAAACGAGUCGAUCACUUGCCGGCAGCGUGUCCUGCGGUCUUCUGCCAGCCUCCUUUCCCAAUGUGAGAUGAACCUCAUGGCCAAACUCAGCUACCUCUCUUCCUCCGAGACCCGGGCCCUGCUUUGCAAAUACUUCGAUAAGGUGGUGACGCUGCGGGAGGAUCAGCACAGACAGCACAUUGCCUUCUCCGAACUGGAGAUGCAGCUGGAGGAGCAGAUGCAGCUGGUAUUUUGGCUGGAGGUCGCCGUGGAGCGCCAGCGCCUAGAGAUGGACCGGCAGCUGACCCUGCAGCAGAAAGAGCAUGAACAGAACAUCCAGCUUCUGCUCCAACAGAGCCGGGAGCACAUGGAAGAGGGGCAGGCGAACAGCAGGGUUCAGUACCAAGGAAGGAUCCAGGCACUGGAAAAGGAACUGGCCCAUUGCAAGUGGCUCAAUCAAGAGCUGAACCAGAAGCUGAGCGUGAGCCAGUUGGAGGGACAAGGCAGAGGUAUGGAAAGAAUUGUACACACAGCUGCGGACAGACCUGGCUCACUUAAGAUGCACAGUGACUUAAGGACUGAUGGCAUGUUGGAACAACCCUUGCAGAUGGAGGCCUCUGAAAGAAGUAUUAGAAAUGGAGAGGAACCCCUGGACCUGGUGCGUGCACCUUUACCACCCACUUGGAGACGCUCUUCACUGUCUAGUGCAAACAGCUUGGUGCUAGAAGACCUUCGCCAGAAGGAGGUGGAUCUCCUGUCCAGAGCUGGCCUGGUUAAGGAAACAUUCCUGCCGCUGAGUCUAGCUCCUCCUCCGAAAUCCCGUAAGGAGCAGUACAGAGCUGGCUUGAACACUGUUCCUGGGCUGCCCUGUCCUGAAAUCAUUGAUGUCAGGAAAAACCCGCUCUAGGCGCUAGCUGCUCAUAAGUUUGGGAGUCUUUGGUAUUGCCUGGAGAACAUAUAAAGUGUGUUAGUGUAAGACCACUGCAAAUAGUCACUGCUGACUGCUUAGCCUAAGCUGCUAAUGUAUUCCUAGAGUUAACAAGCCUUUUUUUUUGUAUGAGCUGCUUUGACUUUAGGGUUUUAUGUUUUGUUUUGCAUUUACCACUUGUGUGAUGUAGGGGAAAGCAAGAGCAAAGCACGCCAGGCUUUCCCUCUUCGGUUCUGGCACCUCACAGGAAAGACCACUACCUCUACCAAAAGGCCUUCCUCUUUCAGAAAGUGGGAAACAAUUUGAACUGUGUCAUAUAUGAAAUUAUGGUAGGAAAUGUAAAUAAAAUAGGAUUUUAUACUGUUAACUUCUAAUAAACCAGAACAUUCUUUGGUA